AACAGCCCCACCUCGCAGCAUGGCUGUAGUCUGGCUAAAGAACCUUCAAACGAUAGUGAAGCUAAACGAGUCACUGCUGAUGACACAGGCUCAAUUCUUAUUGGCAACUGCAGUGAGAGGGACGGUGGGGAGAGGGAGAGAGGUCCCACGGUUUGGUAUGAGCCUCGUGUGCGUUCCUUCUGAUGAAAUACAAGACAUUAACAGGAGGUAUAGGAAACUUGAUGAGCCAACAGAUGUACUCUCAUUCCCCUAUCACGAGAACUUAUCUCCAGGCCAAUUCCCAGUAAUUAAUUCGAUUGACGAUUACAAUUUAGGUGACAUUAUUCUGGGAUUGCCCUACAUUGAAGAUUAUUGCGUUAAAAAUAAAAUAAAAUUACACGAGCACCUACCUGUAGUGGUAACACAUGGUAUAUGUCACCUGCUUGGUUAUACUCACGACACACCAACCAAACAUCAACAGAUGUAUUCAAGAGAAAAGGCAACCUUAACAUGUUACAAUAAUUCCUUUGGAACAAACAUUAUCCCUUUAUCAAACUAAUAAUUAUUAUUAGCGAUAAACCAAAAGAAGAAAAAAACAGUAAUAAUAGAACAAUGUCAGUCAAUCAACACGAAAUGUCUAUAAAA